UAUAAUAAGCUGAUGGUUGGUGUUCCAGUGGCGAGCCCGCCGGGCGGCGCGGGCGCACAGCGGGAGGAGCCGCCCCGCCCGCCGCCCCCCGCUCCCCGCAACGGCACGCCGAAACAAGGCGCCCUGACCAUAGUCCGCCGGUCGUCCAGUCGAAGCAAGACCGAGAGCUGCUCGACCCCCACAGACGAGCAGCUUGACCAGCUCGACCUUGACACAGAGCACUUGCCCGCCGUCGACACGCCCGACGCCUGCGAUAAGGCCGCCCUUAGAUUACGCUAUCUCCUAAGACAAUUAAACAGAGGUGAAAUAUCAGCAGAGACAUUACAAAAGAACCUUCAGUACGCAGCGAAAGUUCUAGAAGCCGUGUACAUAGAUGAGACCAAACCGGCAGUGGCGCGCCAGCAGUCGGCCCCAACCCUGGUGUUUAGGAGACUGGCGGACGAAGAUGAUGAGCUAUCGGAAGUCCAGCCUGAUGCAGUUCCUCCGGAAGUGCGAGAGUGGCUCGCGUCUACCUUCACGAGGCAGCUGGCGACGGCGAAGCGGAAGUCCGAUGAGAAGCCGAAGUUCCGGUCGGUGGCGCACGCGAUCCGGGCGGGGAUCUUCGUGGACAGGAUCUACAGGAGGGUGACCAGUACCGCCCUUAUGCAGUUCCCACAGGAUGUCGUUAGAGUUCUUAAGACCCUGGACGAGUGGUCGUUCGACGUGUUUGCCUUACAUGAAGCCUCCUGCGGGGCGCCCGUCAAGUAUCUGGGGUACGAACUCCUCAAUAGAUACGGAAUGAUUCACAAGUUUAAGGUGCCUCCCACGAUCCUGGAAAACUUCCUCAGUCGGAUAGAAGACGGCUACUGCAAGUUCCACAACCCGUACCACAACAAUUUGCACGCGGCGGAUGUCGCGCAGACCGUGCAUUAUAUGCUGUGCCAAACUGGGCUCAUGAACUGGCUAUCGGACCUGGAGAUCUUCGCGACGCUGGUGGCGGCUGUCGUCCACGAUUUCGAGCAUACGGGCACCACCAACAACUUCCACGUCAUGUCCGGAUCGGACACCGCGUUGUUGUACAACGAUCGAGCUGUGCUUGAGAACCAUCAUAUAAGUGCUGCCUUCAGGCUAAUGCGCGACGAAGACUGCAACAUCCUGCAGAACCUAUCCCGGGACGAGUUCCGCGAGUUCCGCACCCUCGUCAUCGACAUGGUGCUGGCCACCGACAUGUCGUUCCACUUCCAGCAGCUGAAGAACAUGAGGUCGCUGCUGACGCUCGCCGAGCCUACCGUGGACAAGUCCAAGGCUGCCUCGCUGGUGUUACAUUGCUGUGAUAUAUCUCACCCUGCGAAGAGAUGGGACCUCCACCACCGAUGGACGAUGAGUCUCCUCGACGAGUUCUUCUUGCAAGGGGACAAGGAGCGAGACCUGGGCCUGCCUUUCAGUCCCCUUUGCGAUAGAAACAACACUCUAGUCGCGGAAUCCCAGAUCGGGUUCAUUGAGUUCAUUGUAGAACCGAGUAUGGGGGUGUGUGCUGACAUGCUCGAGUGUGUCUUGGGCCCUUUGCACUCGAAUACCAAGAAUUCCACUAGCACAAGCCAUGAGCCUAUCAAUGAGGAGAAUACAGGGAGCGAACCAAGCCCCAAAUUCAAGAUUCGGAAGCCGUGGAUAGCCUGCUUGAGUGACAAUAAAAAAAUAUGGAAGGAACAGGCUACAAAAGACGCAGAGGCCCGAGCCAAACAGGAGGAGGAGAGCAACAACCCGCCCCCUCCGACAGAAGAAUAAUAUUUAGCCUCACUUGUAAAUAGCGUUAGAACUAGUUGUUACAGCGUAUUUAACACUGUUAAAGAAAAGCUUAACGUUUAAGUGUGCGGAGCUUGUAUUCGUUGCAAUGUGUGUCGCACAAAUAAGUUCGAAGCACAACGCGAUGUCGCGGGAUAAGUGUGUGUGCGGUAAGCUUACUACGUGCGAAAGUGUCACAUAAUUUACACCUUUAGAGUAGGCGCACACUGUUGAUUUUUCGUCGGCCGAUAGUUUAGUCGGGCAGUUGAUCAGUAUGGGCAUGUAUGGGAGUGCGCACACUACGACGAUUCAAUUUGGCCGAUUCUUCAUACAAAUUAAAAUCGGGCACAACUAUCGGCCAAUUAAAAAUCAACGGUGUGCGCAUACUCUUAGGCAAAGGAAAUGAAAUCCAAAAUACAUUGGGUGUUGAUGAAUUAAUACCAAAAUGCCUGCUCGACUACAUGAGUUUUUGCAACUUUUGUCAGCAAUUUAUAGAACCCAAACAUACGGAAACCCUGAACUAUCUGAAAAACUGUAAGACGUGAUAUCUUCGUUACAUAAUAAGGCUACUGUAGAUACUUAUGUCUACCGUGGCAGAGCACCAAUGUAUAAUUCUCUAUGUGGAAGACAACAUAGUGAGCCAAUUUCUUACGGCGACCAGCCGCUGAGCGGGCGUACGCCGGUAGUUUAAGAUUUACCGUAAUUCGCUAUUUAAGAUUAUUUGGGGAGCCCCAUGUAUAUCCGAACAUCAUGCCAAGGAUUCAUUAAAUAAGUACCUAAUUAGCUAAGUUUUCAGUAGAAAAUCUCAUAUAAAACGCCCACUGAAUGCUUCUUGACGCAACUUAGCGUUUGCGUUACUCAUAAUGAAACUAUUUAUAUAAAAUUGUACUGAACUUAUUUUCAAAAUUAGACCUAAGAGCUAAAUACUACUUAUAAGUAUUUCUAUAUCAAAAAUGCUGGUGAUGGAGCAAAUUAUAUCAUAAAGUCAUGUGCACUUUUCUUCAAUGAAUAAAACACCUUAUACCUAUAGUAAAAUUUAAUGUAACAUUAAUAUAAACUUAGCUUAAUUUAGUGUUAAAUUUAACCCAUAUGAAGAAUACGCUUAUUAAUUUAAAUGUUUCCGAUUAAAUUGGAGAUCUUGAUAUUCCUGACCAAAUGUUAUUUAAUAUGAAAUUAUUUUCUAAAUGAUUGCAAUUUCAAAUUCUAGGUAUAGGUCGAUAGAACAUACCUAUAACUAGUUAGUAAAAUCUUCAUAAAAAUAAAAUUUUCUAAUGAAAUAUCCUUCGGUUACGAAUAACUUGCUUUUUUAUUUAAUUGCGCUCAAAUCUGUGUAAAGAAAGCGUACGGGCUCAUAAGGCCGAUGGAAACAUAGAACCUAUUGUAAAAAAUAUGAGAAUGGAAAGAGCCUAGGUAAAUAGCUCUUAUUUCAUAUUUGCUAGCAAAAUAAUAAAAUAUGUAGAUAAAUAAACAAAAUCAAAGUGAAACACUCAAGUUAACUGGAGGAGAAUGCCAAAAGGCAACAUCGCCUUAACAAAGGCAUUUUAGUAAGCCUAGAUUUCAGACCUUAGAUGCUAUGUUUACUAAAAUAUAAAAUGUUAUUUAUGUUGUUAGUAAGCCCUAUUUACGUAAUAAGUACCUAUUUGUUCUUAAAAAUUAAAAUAAAGAAAAUAAAUAGUGUUCUCUAAUGCUCGCAAAAAUGAAAUAAUCGCGCCAGGCGAAGUGUAUAGGUAAGGAGGACCCAACGUAAAUUAACCGUCCUUCUUAGAGACUAUUGGCGAAGGAAUAAACAUUGUACAUUUUAAAACAUAGGAAACCAAUCUUUCCAAAAGCAGUCACAUGCUUCACUAUUAUGUUUCUUAAAAGAACUUGAGGACAUUUACAUACUUAUAUCAGAGGCCUAGUUUUCCUGGUAGGAACAUGGGACCACUCUCAUUAAUAUCAAAUCAAGAAACCCAUAAUCACGGUAAUAUUAGGUCCCUAUCUUAUUAUUUCAGGGGUGUAAGGACUCUAAGGAUAGAUGUAAUCCAACAUGGUGACGCUUAUUGUAGAAAAAUUAACAAUAGAUCUUUUUAUAUAAAUAUAUAUUUAUCAUCUACUUGAUUACUUGAUAGAUUAUGAGGAAUUCUGUAUAUUGUGCAUUUAGUGAUUUAUUGAAAUAUAAAUAUUAAGAUCAAUAUAAUCUAGUGUAGUUUAUUGAUGCCAUUCUAAUUGGGGGAUAUAGCUUUAUAAAAAUGUAGUUUUAGCAUACUGAGCCUUAUGGACAUUGUUGUUGUUGUUUCAGUAAAUAGCUUGCAGUGCUACACAUAGGGUAUAGUUUCCCAAGAUCUAAAUUAUUGUCUGCAUGUUUUUCUUAACACACGUUUGCUUAAAAUAAAAUAUGCCUACAUUCCGAAGCCUUUAAAGACUCCUA